UUGAAUCCAAGCUGGGCUUGGAAAUGUGGAAAAUCGGGUUCUGUAGCCCCAAGACGAUAAAAUGCCUCGCACCGUGAACCGAACUACAAAAAAGGUUUAUUAGGUUUGCAGCCUCAGCAUAUUCUUUACUUGGCGCCUUAGUUCAAAUAUACGUGAGAAACUAUCGAUAACUCUUACAUUUGUAUAUCGAUUACUGCCGAACAGCUGUUGGGCUGACAUUUUGCAACACUUGAAAUACAACUCUGUGUUUACGUUUCUCGCUGACUGUUCAUUUUUUUUUGGCAAUAACAAAAUUUUUUUUUUCCCUUGCCCAGUGGAAUAUUUUAGCGACACAAAACAAGAAUAAAGCUCAAUAAUGCUAUUAAAUAGCUGCAUAAUUGUAUAAAAAUCAAUAACUGUAUUUACGUAUUUGUUGAAUAUGUGGCACUGUGCGUUUACUCUGCACUGGACAAUGGCGUCAUAAAUGCCUUUGUGUAUUUUCAUAGGGGCAGUAGCCAAAUCAUAAACAUCAAAAUAGAAUUAGGUGAACUACGUGAAAUGCCAGCUGCAAAUUGUGUUUCUUUGACAGACGUAAAAAUCUGCAACGCAUAAAGCUGAAACACCUAGGCUAAUAAGAAAACGCAGUUGAAAGCAAUAAUUUAAUCUGAACAGACGCUUUAUGGCCUUCCAUUUGUAGUCAAUGAGAUGGACCCGCAAAAGAUCACCGAAUUGGCCAAUUUGCUGCGCAAGAAUGGUGAUAAAAUCCUGAGCUCCGAAUUUACCUUGACCUUAUCAGGUCCGCUGCUGCGUGCUUUGAACGAUUCCUUUACUUUGAUCGCGGACAGCGAUAUUGUGGCUGGAGCGGGCCUUGGCCCAACCCAGAAGCACCAGCAUGCAUUUCAGGUGGUCAAACCCAUCAAUGCCAAGUCGAGCGUGUUUCCGGAUCUGCAGCUGCUACAUGAUUUCGUGCAGAAGACAACGUUACUGAAGCUCAACUAUUUCCCCAACGAUCAUUACUUUGAGGGCGCCAUAGACAUAUGCAAGUUUCGUGCGCUGCGUCGCCUGGAGGUGCACAAGAUCAACAUAUGCCAGGUGGUGGGAAUUCAAGCGCUUCGCGCCCAGCUCCAGCAUUUGAUAUGCAUCAAGAGUAUAAGCAAUGUGGAGGAUAUCAUAACGCAUUGCGGCGGCGAUAAUUCGAAUGGUUUUGUCUGGAACGAGCUGCAGUCCGCGGACUUUAGCUACAACAAUUUGCGUGCAGUGGACACGGCCCUGGAGUUUGCCCAGCACUUGCAGCAUUUAAAUUUGCGGCACAACAAGCUGACCAGCGUUAGGGCCAUCAAGUGGCUGCCGCAUCUAAAGACGCUCGAUCUGAGCUACAAUUGUCUGACGCACCUGCCACAGUUUCAUGUGGAGGCCUGUAAACGGCUGCAGGUGCUCAACAUAAGCAAUAAUUAUGUGGAGGAACUGCUCGAUAUGACCAAGCUGGAUGCGCUUACUACCAUGGAUUUGUCUGACAAUUGCCUGCUCGAGCAUACGCAACUGUUGCCGCUGAGCGUUCUGAUGACGCUCACCACGCUCAAUUUGCAGGGCAAUCCCCUCGCCUGCCAUCCCAAGCAUCGCCUGGCCACGGCACAGUAUUUGCACAAGAAUACCGCGACUGUGAAAUUUGUGCUGGACUUUGAGCCGCUAUCGAAGGCCGAAAAGGCAUUGACUGGCAGCCAGCAGCUGCGCUUUGUGGGCACCAUGAGUCAUCGGCUAGUCAGCAGUUAUGUAUCCAUAAAUAGUUCACGUGCCUCCGUCAAUACGCCAGCUUCUAGUGUGGGCUCGCAGCUUUCGCUCUCGGUCAGAGGCAAGGAUUCAUCGUCCGAGGCAGAGCAAGCGCCACCGGAUCUGCAAAUUAGCAAAAAACGAACUAAAAAACAACGCACUGUGGAUAUCGCUGAACAUGGCGAGGAGACGGCAAUAGAAGCAGUUACCACAAUCGCAACCCCCGAUGCAAAUAGUCUGUUACAAGAGAGGCCACAAGAGACCACAGAUGGCAGCCAUUUGGAGACGAAAAAGCAAAUUGAGACACUGCGUCUCAAGUAUGGCAACGAGUGGCUGCAGUCGGGCAAUGCGGAGCUAAUGCUGGGCAUUGACACGCCGCAGCCCAGCGAACAGGCGCGUCACGUGGCACGCCAGCAGUUGAACGAGUUCCUGGGCGAGUUUUCGUCGGGCGCGCAACAGGCCGAUUCGGAGCCAGAGCUGCUAAAUAUCAGCUCCACGCCCACGAACAACAGCAAUUGGAAGGUUGGAUUUGAAUCAAAAUUGACGCCCAACAAUACAGAUGGCAGCCCCACGGAUGCCGCCAACCUAACACAGCAAACAGUUUACGAGUCAUGCGACAGCAGCAUUCAGACGCAAUAUGAGAGCACGAACGAUACAAUGCAGGAGGAGCAAACGGAGAGGAACGAAGUGCAGCAGCAAGAGAUUGACAAGCACAAGGAGGUGCUAAGUCGCUAUGCAGCUGCGAGCGCUGAGCAGGAUGAGGAACCAGUUUCCGAAGAAGAGCCCGAUGAGAAGCUGUAUAUUGUCUACCAUGCGCAAAAGACCAGCGAGCCAUUGUUCCUUACGAUAUCCUCGAAUUAUAUUCGCGAAAAGGAUGCACUCAGCGAACGCACCAAGACCAAAUGGAGCAUCAAGGUAUUGGAGUCUUGUGAGCGAAUCAAAUCGAAUACGCUGCGCAUUAAUUUUGAUACAAUGCAAAAAGAUAAACAGGAGCGCAUUUAUUGUGUGGAGAAUGCAUUAUGCCAGGAACUUGAGAAGAAACUACGCGACAUUCUGUCCCAGCGUGAUCUCACCGACAUGAACAUAACCAUUUAUAGCUGCAUCAAUUGUGGCAUCAAGUUUACCAGAGAGCGCAAAAUCAAGAACUACAAGGCAGCGGAGCCACGUUGUCCGGACUGUCGCAGCUUGUUCGUCGCGGAGGUGAACGAUGAUGUAACCGGCUCGCUGGACAAGCCCAAAGUGUCCAGCAUGGAGCCGAAGCUGUCGCCAGCAUUAAUUGUGGAGGAAUCGCCAGUGAGCACGCCGCUGGUAUUGCAGUCCAAGGAGGACAAUCAAAGUAUUGUGGCCAACAGCAGGCUCAUCGCUAAUAACACACCCAAGCGUAGGAGUUUGAUGCAAACCACAAAAAGCUCGGCUAAUUCGUUAAAUGAGAGCAGCUCCUGCUCGAAGAUAACCAACUCGCAAUGCUCCUUUGACUCCAAUCAGUCGGUGGUGGGCAGCUCCAAUACAGAGCGCGAUUUAGAGUUUCGCGCCAAUGAGAGCGAUGUGGACAUUAUAUCCAAUCCGAGCCAAUCCAGCAUUGAGGUGCUGGAUCCCAACCUAGUGCAGAGCGCCAGUCGCAAAACCUCCGAGGAGCGUCGCAUAUCCCAGAUACCGAAUCUGCAAACCAUUGACGAUCACCAAAGUCAAACCCAAAGCUUCAUUGAACGCGAGUUUGGGCAAUUGCUCGCCGAACAGGCCAGAGCACAGACAGUGUCAACGCAGGCAACAAUAGUCAAUGUGGACGCAACAGCGAAGGCCAAGGCCUUGGCUCACGUCCAGCUAACAGAGAGCAGUUCGUCGGGUUCGGUGACCGACAGCAUAUGCACCACCUACGAGCAGCAGGCCAAGCAUCAGCCGUCGGAGAAGGCUCAACGGCAGGCAACGGACGAUGCCAUCAUUCUGCACAAUAUGCUGCUGGCCGAAUCUGGCGGGAGCACGAGUCAACAAAACAACAACAACAACAACAACUAUGAAGUGACGGCCGCAAAUGGUCAUCAUGAAACGAAACAUUUAAAGACAGCCGAAGAUGCGGGCCUAUCUUCCAUGUUUGGCGCACUUUUUCAGUCGACCAACAUGCUAAUGUCCAGUUCGAAGAAGCUAAUCGAAACGGAGGCCAGUGCCAGCGCAAUUCAGCCAUAUAAAUUUAAUUAUAGCGAUUACAAUGACAUCGAUCAUCGAUUGAAGCUCUAUUUCUAUCAGAGCAAGUUCAAAGAGGUGGGCGAGCACUUCAAGUGGCUGGCCAAGGGUCGGAUAUACAAUGAGCAAACGCAAACGAUGCGCGAUGGCUUAUUGGUAAUGUCCACCUGCAAGUGUUAUCUGAUGGAAGCGUAUGCGCCGCCACAGGAUGAUGUCGCCAAGUGGCUGCGUCAGGUGGUUAGCGUAACAGUGAAUCGUCUGACACGCAUACAGCUGUUGCCCUGGAAACUGGGCUUGUCGUUUAGCCUGCGCCACUGGGGUGGCUUUGCGCUAAUUUUACAGGAUAUGCUGCGCACAAACAGUUUACUGGCGUACCUGGCAGACAACCCGCUCCCCGAUGGGUGUGAGCUGAUCCAGCAUCCGACGUAUGAGGUGCGUCAACAACUCAAAUCGCUGAUGGGUGAACCGAUUAGGAUGUGCGCCGUGCUCAGCGGCUGCCAGUGGAUAUGUGUUCCGGAGAAGCGCAGUUUUGAGCUCUGCACGCUGCUGACCACAGACACACAAUUGCAUAUUGCCGGCAAUGGCAAAUUUAAUUGGCUGACAGCAAACGAGGAGCAGCCCAUUGAACUAACGCUGACACAGCAAAUGAGCAAUCUGGUGGAGGUGGAACGGAUUACGGAUUUCGAGUACAAUGUUAAUUUUCUGGAUGAAACCGAAAACAAAUGCGAAUUGUGGCAUUUGCAGUUUGAGACACUGGCGAAUGCCGAGUGCUGUCUGAAUGCCAUUGGGAAAUCUUGGGAGAAGCUAUUUGGCGUGCCAUUUAGCUACUCCGGUACGUAGUAUUCGUCUAUUAGUAAGGGACCAACUAUAUUCAUAUCAUAUCAAACCAGACAAAUGUAUAUAUAGCUUACUUUGAAUAUGUGUUAAUUUGAAAUUGAAUUGUAAGCAUUACCUUAUCUAUUGAUCUGCAUAUAUAUAUAUAUAUAUCAUAUUUAACUAAAUAUAUUACAAUAAUGCCUAGCUUUAUAAAUUGAAAAUAUGUAUCUAUAUUUAAAUAUCUUAGUGCUUACUUUAUGAAUCAUGGACAAUAUUGAGCAACAAGCGAGACAUGGUGUAUAUAUGGAAGUCAAAUGUAAACUAUGUACAGCAAAUAAUUCAAAUCACGUGCGAUCUAAAUAUAUCUUAAUUGCCAAGAAGGUAUGAUAAUAGCCAAACGUUAA